GUUGCAUGGAAACAUCCUAACUGAGACUCACCGAGGGAGAGAGAGGGAGAAGGGGAGGGAGAGAGGGAUUUACGACUGUUUUAGUGAUACAUUUAAUUGACAAGGAUCGUAUGAUUAGAUUUUGAAAUGUCUUGGUCUGUAAUUAGAGCUGUUGAAUAUGUUUUACUGUGAUAUAACACUAAAAUACGAGCUUGUUAGCUUGCUAACCGGUCCUGCGAUAUAAAUACAGUGUGCUAAUGCUAACUUUGGUGAGUUCAAUGACCAGAGAUUUAUGCAAAUAAAAAAAAAUUGUUUUUAUUUUCGUUCCUCAGAAAGCGAGAAAGAGAGCGAGAGAGAGAGAGAGAGAGAGCGAGAGAGAGAGAGAGCGAGCGAGCGAUGCACUGACUCGGUUUUUAUCUUUUAAAUCCAUUCUCUGGUCGUUAGUGAACUAGCCAUAUAAGUUAUAGAAGAGGGUUAAAGCUUACUCUAGGUAAAUAACUAGCUGCCAUAUUAGCAGAGUUAGAUAAACACUGCCUAUGCUUCUUAGCUAGUUGACUAAUCCUGAGCUAGAAUAUGGCGGGAGAUAUGAAGCGCAUUCCUGAGCUGGAGCAGGAGAAAUAUGACGCAGAUGAACAGGUGAAGAUUAUCUGCCUCGGGGACAGUGCAGUGGGAAAAUCCAAGUUAAUGGAAAGAUUUCUAAUGGAUGGAUAUCGACCUCAGCAGCUGUCCACCUAUGCCCUGACGUUAUACAAAUACACCACCACUAUCAAUGGCAGGCCCGUGCUCGUCGAUUUCUGGGACACUGCUGGCCAGGAGUGCUUUCAGAGCAUGCAUCCGUCCUACUAUUUCAAAGCACACGCUUGUAUCAUGGUCUUUGACGUUCAGAGGAAAGUGACAUACAAGAAUCUUUCCAACUGGUAUAAAGAGCUGAGAGAAUACAGACCUGAAAUUCCCUGUCUGGUGGUGGCUAAUAAAAUAGAUGCUGACAUGAGAAUGACACAGAAGAGCUUUAACUUUGCUAAGAAGCAGGGACUGCCUUUCUACUUCGUAUCUGCUGCUGAUGGGACUAACGUGGUCAAGGUUUUCAAAGAUGCGAUAAACAUGGCUUUGUCUUACAAGAAGAACUCCAGUGACUUUAUGGAUGUGGUCAUGAGAGAACUGGAGAACUUUGAUUUGGAGCGCAAAGAAGAGUCGGCUUAUGAAGAAGAAGAAGAAGAAGAAGAGGGAAGAGCAGACUGACGCUCUCGGCAUGUGGUGGAAGCUAAAUGGUUUUUCUUGGCAUUAGAGUGCUGUUAAAAUCACGGCUGCUCACCAACCUUCCUGAAGAGUUUACGAGCCUUUCAUAACAAAAGUGAAGCCAGUGGGGACAAAGCUCUACCUCAUGUGUUGGAUCGAUCCCUGUGAUCCCCAGUGUAAUAAAUAUCUCUGUCUGGCUUUAGAAGGUCUUAGAAACAUGCUAUACAAGUACAGUGCAGGUGUUAUACAGUGCAUCCAGAAAGUAUUCACAGCACUUCACUUUUUCCACAUUUUGUUAUGUUAUAGCCUUAUUCCAAAAUGGAUUAAAUUCAUUAUUUUCCUCCAAAUUCUACAAACAAUACCCCAUAAUGACAACGCGAAAGAAGUUUGUUUGAAAUCUUUGCAAAUGUAUUAAAAAUAAAAAACAACAAAAAAAACAUUUACAGAAGCAUUCACAGCCUUUGCCAUGACACUCAAAAUUGAGCUCAGGUGCAUCCUGUUCCCACUGAUCAUCCUUGAGAUGUUUCUACAACUCGAUUGGAGUCCACCUGUGGUAAAUUCAGUUGAUUGGACAUGAUUUGGAAAGGCACACACCUGUCUAUAUAAGGUCCUACAGUUAACAAUGCAUGUCAGAGCACAAACCAAGCCAUGAAGUCCAAGGAAUUGUCUGUAGACCUCUGAGACAGGAAUGUAUCAAGGCACAGAUCUGGAGAAGGGUACAGAAACAUUUCUGCAGAAGGUCCCAAUGGGCACAGUGGCCUCCAUUAUCCAUAAAUGGAAGAAGUUUGGUACCAGCAGGACUCUUCCUAGAGUUGGCCACCCGGCCAAACUGAGUGAUCAGGGGAGAAGGGCCUUAGUCAGGGAGGUAGCAAAAAACAGAUGGUCACUCUGACAGAGCUCCAGCAUGUCUCUGUGGAGAGAGGAGAACCUUCCAGAAGAACAACCAUCUUUGCAGAACUACAUCAAUCAGGCCUGUAUGGUAGAGUGGCCAGACGGAAGCCACUCCUCAGUAAAAGGCACAUGACAGCCCGCCUGGAGUUUGCCAAAAGGCACCUGAAGGACUCUCAGACCAUGAUGAAACAAAGAUUGAGCUCUUUGGCCUGAAUAGCAAGCGUUAUGUCUGGAGGAAACUCAUCACCUGGCCAAUACCAUCCCUACAGUGAAGCAUGGUGGUGGCAGCAUCAUGCUGUGGGAUGUUUUUCAGUGGCAGGAACUGGGAGACUAGUCAGGAUCGAGGGAAACAUGAAUGCAGCAAUGUACAGAGAUAUCCUUGAUGAAAACCUGUUCCAGAACACUCUGGACCUCAGACUGGGGCGAAGGUUAAUCUUCCAACAGGACAACGACCCUAAGCACACAGACAAGAUAACAAAGGAGUCUCUACAGGACAACUCUGUGAAUGUCCUUGAGUGGCCCAGCCAGAGCCCAGACUUGAACCCGAUUGAACAUCUCUGGAGAGAUCUGAAAAUGGCUGUGCACCAACGCUCCCCAUCCAACCUGAUGCAGCUUGAGAGGUCCUGUAAAGAAGAGUAGAAGAAACUUCCCAAAAAUAGGUGUGCCAAGGUUGUAGCAUCAUACUCAAAAAGACUGGAGGCUGUAAUUGGUGCCAAAGGUGCUUCAACAAAAUAUUGAGCUAAGGCUGUGAAUACUUGUGCUUUUUUGUUUUUUUAUUUUUAAUAAAUUUGCAAAGAUUUCAAACAAACUUCUUUUACAUUGUCAUUAUGGGGUAUUGUUUGUAGAAUUUUGAGGAAAAUAAUGAAUUUAAUCCAUUUUGGAAUAAGGCUAUAAUAUAACAAAAUGUGGAAAAAGUGAAGUGCUGUGAAUACUUUCCGGAUGCACUGUAGGUACAGUGGUGUAGGUUUUUCACAGAUGUUUCAAAUUUCUGGAUGCAGCUGUUCAGGAAUGCGAGUUGGCAGCCAUGGUGUAAUCUGUGUGUGUAAAUAUGUAGCGAUGAGAAGACAUCCUGCUAUUUGAUAUCUAUUGUAUGUUUAUUUUAUUUUUUUCCUCAUCAGUGAUAUCACAGUUGAAAGACUUGCUAACACUAUUGACAUUUUGCAUUAUGUUCGUAGUAUUUAUACCGUGGAAAUUUAUGUUAAAUGUACUUGAAUCAUCAUUUUAUAAACUGUUUUCCAGUGGUACGCGAUAAUUCCGAUAAUCCAGAAUUAAAAGGAUGUAUAAAUAGCUCGUCAUUUUUGCACAAACUGUGAAAAGAAGUUGUGUGUCCGCUUGUAGAAAUCAUAUACACAUUGUCUUCUGUUUGAUGUGACGUUUAAGUACGUAGGAACAAUAUUGAUGUACUGUGUAUGUGUAAAUGGAACUGGAAAUGCACUCGUAUUGUGGCGUUGUAUUUAACGCAUCCUUCGUGUUCAUUUAAGAGCAUUUUGGCAUGUGCUGCGAUUAAACACUGUUGCUUUUA